GGGGGGGGGGGGCUGCGGGUGAGCGGUGGCAGGGGGCGGGCGUGGAGCCCCAAAAUGGCCUGGGGGGAAGGGACCCGAGCCCUGACUCCAGCCCUGCUGUGGGCAGGGACACCUCCUGCCCGCCCAGGGUGCCCGCAGCCCCAUCCAUGAGGGGCACCUCAGGGAUGGGGCAGCCACGGCUCCUCUGGGCAGCCCCCGCCCGUGUCCCCCCCGUUGCGUUCUCGCAGCCCCGUCGGUGUCGGUAGCCUCGUAAUUUUCUGCUUCCCCGCCUAGGUCAGCUUUGCACCAUGAAUAAGGACGCCCAGAUGAGAGCCACCAUUAACCAGAAGCUGAUCGAAACGGGGGAGCGGGAGCGCCUUAAAGAUUUGCUGAGAGCCAAGUUAAUUGAAUGUGGCUGGAAGGAUCAGUUGAAGGCACAUUGCAAAGAUGUCAUCAAAGAAAAAGGAUUAGAGCAUGUCACUGUUGACGACCUGGUGGCAGAAAUCACUCCAAAAGGCAGAGCCUUGGUACCAGACAGUGUGAAGAAAGAACUCUUACAAAGAAUAAGAACCUUCCUCGCUCAGCAUGCCAACCUUUAACUACAGCAGUCGUCUUGGAUACAGUAUUACUGUUUCUGCAUUAUGUCAGUCGUGUCAGGAUUGGAACUCAGUUUCCAUGCUUAAUGAUUGAAAUUCGUUUCUUUUUUUGUAUGAGUUGAAAUUUCCUUGCACUGAAUCAAUUUCUUGGUGUUAUUUUAAUAAAAAAAAAAAAAACGUGGA